CGGCUGGGGGCUCCAUCCCACGCAGAGGACGGGCCCUCUGUAGUCCCUUACCCCUUCCCAACUGGCUGAAGCCUCCAGGGGCUACCAGAGCAGGUGGGGGCCAGGGGACCGCGCCUGCCCUCCCAGGAUGGACUCCGUCGGGGACACACUGCAGAGGCUGCGGGAGACCUUCAGCGCGGGGCGCACGCGGCCGGCUGAGUUCCGGGCCACCCAGCUCGAGGGCCUGGGCCGUUUCCUGCGGGACAACAAGCAGCUUCUGCAGGAGGCUCUGGCGCGGGACCUGCGCAAGCCGGACUUUGAGUCGGAGGUGUCCGAGUUCAGCAUGGCCCAGCACGAGAUUCACCUGGCCCUCAGGAACCUGCGGGCCUGGAUGAAGGAUGAGAAGGUGCCCAGGAGCCUGGGCACACAGCUGGACAGGGCCUUCAUCCGGAAGGAGCCCUUCGGCCUAGUGCUCAUCAUCGUCCCCUGGAACUACCCCCUGAACCUGACCCUGGUGCCCCUGGUGGGCGCCCUCGCUGCAGGGAACUGUGUGGUGCUGAAGCCGUCGGAGAUCAGCAAGAACAUGGAGCAGGUCCUGGCUGAGGUGCUGCCCCGAUACCUGGACCAGAGCUGCUUUGCGAUGGUGCUGGGCGGGCCCGAGGAGACGGGGCAGCUGCUGGAGCACAGGUUCGACUAUAUCUUCUUCACAGGGAGCCCUCGAGUGGGCAGGAUAGUCAUGACUGCGGCCGCCAAGCACCUGACGCCCGUCACACUGGAGCUGGGGGGCAAGAACCCCUGCUACGUGGAUGACAACUGCGACCCCGAGACCGUGGCCAACCGCGUGGCCUUUUUCCGCUACUUCAACACGGGCCAGACCUGCGUGGCCCCCGACUACGUGCUGUGCAGCCCCGAGAUGCAGGAGCGGCUGCUGCCCGCCCUGCAGAGCACCAUAGCCCGCUUCUUCGGCGAAGACCCCCGGAGCUCCCCGAACCUGGGCCGCAUCAUCAAUGACAAGCAUUUCCAGCGGCUCCAGGGCCUGCUGGGCUGCGGCCGCGUGGCCAUUGGGGGCCAGAGCGACCAGAGCGAUCGCUACAUCGCACCCACGGUGCUGGUGGACGUGCAGGAGACGGAGCCGGUGAUGCAGGAGGAGAUCUUCGGGCCCAUCCUGCCCAUCGUGAACGUGAGGAGCCUGGACGAGGCCAUCGACUUCAUCAACCGUCGGGAGAAGCCCCUGGCGUUGUACGCCUUCUCCAAGAGCAGUGAGGUGGUGAAGCAGGUGCUGGCCCGGACCAGCAGUGGGGGCUUCUGCGGGAACGAUGGCUUCAUGCACGUGUCCCUCGCCAGCCUGCCCUUCGGAGGAGUGGGUGCCAGCGGGAUGGGAAGAUACCACGGCAAGUUCUCCUUCGACACCUUCUCCCACCACCGCGGCUGCCUCCUGCGCAGCCAGGGAAUGGAGAAGAUUUACUCCAUCCGCUACCCGCCCUACACGCCGCGCAACCUGAGGAUGCUGCUGGUGGCCAUGGAGACCCGCAGCUGCAGCUGCACCCUGCUGUGAGCCCACCUGGGGCGCCAGGGCACCAAGCAUCGCUCCCGGCUCACAUCUGAGUCCUCUGCUGCUGCGCCCACCUGUGGCUGGUGGAGAUGUGGCCUGGGGUCCAGGGCACAAGGAGGAAGGCCCAGCCAAGGCCACAGCCCAGAUCUGUGCUUGCCCUCCUCCCUCCUGGGGCUUUCCCCUUCCGCCUCUGGCCCUCAGCCUCCUCCCUCAGCCGCCCCUCUGGGGUGGGGGAGCUGGGAGACAGCGCAGUAAGCUGCCCUCCCACCCCCACGCUGGCCACCAGUGUCCUGGGAGAGAAGGGGAGACGUGGGCACCUCUGAGUCACCCCCUUCCUGUGGAGGCUGCAGCAGAAGGGGCCCUGGCAUCUGGUCCAGGCCACACUGUGGACCCCCUGGGACCUGGGCCUUUGUGUGAGUAAACUUGGGAGCUAAAUAAAUACGAGCUGCUGACCCUGA